AUGGGCCCAGAAAAUCUAUUAGGCUUCGCGCUCGGGGAAUGGCAGUCAGCGCGCGUAUCUGUGAUCCAACUGAAGCAGAUCCGAAAAGACAAUAAGUGGAGGUUGAAACACGCGUUCUUCGCCGACAUGGGCGGGUUUGUGCUUCGAACAGGCGAUGGUGUCAGAUUCUUUCUAGAUACGAAACAUAUCCAUUGGCUGCUUGACCAUCAAGCCAUUUCGAUGGCACAAUUUGAGGAGCAUUUCCUUCUCGACCCUAAAGCUAUUGAUGAUCGCAAUAAAUCUGACGUGUUCGUACGCGUCAUUGCUGUUGGACAGGCACUAUGGUUCUGUGUCAAUAUUAUAGCUCGCGAUAUACGACGAAUGCCUAUCACAACGCUGGAAAUAACAACUAUCGGGAUCAUUAUCGAUAGUGUCUUAGUCUACUACUUCUGGAAAGAUAAGCCUGCUGAUGUCCAGAGGAUGGAGGUGGUCAACAUCCAAAUGACCAUCAGUGAAUUGCUUCUGUUGGAAGAGAAUGAAGCAGUUCGAACACAAGCUUACUUCCGAACACCGCUCAACUUCGCCAGCCGUAAGGUCUGGUCAAUGAGCUUGAUCUAUAUUUACGGGAUGAAUAUGUUGAAAGGUAUUCUGGUAGUCGGCCUUUUCUAUGGAGAUCGCGGCAUCAGGAAGAUGCAAGCAGAUGUUCAAAAGCGCCGGGAGAUGCUUGCAAACCCUGAUCCUCUGGAAGGGAAUGCAUGCUUGAAGGACCGCGUCGUCCAUAUGUUCUGGACCCUCGCGAUGAAGCUAAUGAACAACAGCCUUGAGAAUGAUCCAAACCUGGAUGUGUCCCUCGUCUUUCUUUUGGGUGUACCGUGUUUUGCAGCGUACACUGUCAUCCGAGCGUAUAUCUUGGUAGAGGAUGUAAUUGCCUUUCCCGCGCUGCCUCCAGAUGUGUACAGGACCGUCGAUUGGUGGGGCCUUCUUCCGCAUAUCACCUGA